AUGGUGCUCCACGUCAAGUUUCAUGUCGCAGCCCCCGUCGCGCUCGUCAAGGCGCUCAGCCUGACGGCCGCGACGGCCACGAAGGCGAGCCUCGUACGCCUCCCCGCUUCCCGUCGCCCCUCUGCCCUGCCUCCCGUCGCCACGGGCGCCCCGCUUCCCGUCGCCGCGGGCGCCCCGCUUCAUGUCGCCGCGGGCGCGCUGCUUCCCGUUUCCGCGACUUCAGCUGUGGGAGGAGGUGGUGGGGGGGAGGGGGGGGGGGGGGGAGGGGAGGCGAGGGUGGCUGACGCCACUCUGCUCGCUGCUGCGCCACACCGCUAUGUCGCCCGUGCUCCCGCUGCUGCCGCGCUUUCUGGUGCGCGAAGCAGCACCUUCGUGCCUAGCCCGUCGCCCCCCUCUUCCCGCGCCCACGUCUGCCGUGCGGGGAGGAGGCGGGUGGCGGGUAGGGAAGAUUUGUCGGGGGGACAGCGCUCGAGGCGGUCGUCGCGGCCCUUUCCCUCCCCCCCAUACCGUUUUCUUCCCCCCCGUCGCCUCUCCUGCCCGCGCCUGCUUCUGCACGCCACGUCGACUGCCGCGGUACCACUAGCAGCUCCUCCCUCAACCAAAGCCCCGCAGGAAAACGCGGCGGCUUCUCCGUUCGACCAAGGAAUGGAGUCGGCGAAAGGGAAGGCUGAAUGGAACGGGGAAGGGGAGGAGGCAAAAGGGAAGGCUGAAGGGAACGGGGAAGGGGAGGAGGCAAAAGGGAAGGCUGAAGGUAACGGGGAAGGGGAGGAGGUGAAAAGGAAGGCUGAAGGGAACGGGGAAGGGGAGGAGGCGAAAGGGAAGGCUGAAGGGAACGGGGAAGGGAAGGAGGCGAAAGGGAAGGCUGAACAGAGCGCGGACGGGGAGGAGGGGAAGUCGAGCGCGGUCGUAGGGCUGCGGCUCGUGACAACACCCGUAGUAGCGGCGGACGUGACAUGA